AUGAGCAACCUGGUAAUGAAGGAUUCAGUCCAGAAUGAAUUGAGAGUCGAAUUCAAUCCUCCAGACAUCAUCACGACACCCUCUGUGCCCUCCACAAUGACUGAGCCCACCAAGAUCAGCAUCUUAGGUCGGGAGAGCAUUGUCGCUGAUUUUGGUCUGUGGCGCAACUACGUCGCAGCAGACCUGGUCAACGGCUUGCCCUCGACCACCUACGUUCUCAUCACCGAUACCAACCUCGGUUCCAUCUAUACUCCUAGUUUCCAAAAAGCCUUCGAAGCCGCGGCCGCCUCCGUCUCCCCCGCUCCCCGUCUUUUGGUCUACAAUGCUGCUCCCGGUGAAAGCUCAAAAUCCCGCCAGACCAAGGCCGACAUUGAAGAUUGGAUGCUGAGCCAGAGCCCGCCAUGUGGCCGUGAUACAGUUGUUAUUGCGCUGGGUGGUGGUGUUAUUGGUGACCUGACUGGAUUCAUCGCCGCAACCUACAUGCGCGGUGUUCGCAUUGUUCAGGUCCCCACUACUCUGCUCGCCAUGGUAGACUCCUCUAUUGGAGGCAAGACUGCCAUUGACACACCUCUGGGAAAGAACUUGAUAGGCGCCAUCUGGCAGCCGUCAAGGAUCUACAUCGAUCUUGAGUUCUUGGAGACUCUCCCUGUGCGCGAGUUCAUCAACGGUAUGGCAGAGGUUAUUAAGACUGCCGCAAUUUCGAGUGAAGAAGAAUUCACUGCGCUGGAGGACAACGCGGAUCUCAUUUUGAAUGCUGUCCGUAGCGAGGCUAAGCCUGGCCACGGCCGUUUCGACGGUAUCCGUGACAUUCUAAAGGCUAGAAUUCUGGCCUCGGCUCGCCACAAGGCCUUCGUUGUGUCUGAAGAUGAACGUGAGGGUGGCCUCCGAAACCUUUUGAACUGGGGUCACUCCAUUGGUCACGCCAUUGAGGCCAUUUUGACCCCCCAGAUCCUACACGGAGAGUGUGUUGCCAUUGGUAUGGUCAAAGAGGCUGAGCUGGCCCGGCACCUGGGAAUUCUUAAGGGUGUUGCGGUGGCCCGUAUCGUUAAGUGUAUUUCAGCCUAUGGUCUCCCCACUUCGAUGAAGGACUCCCGUGUGCGCAAGUUGACUGCGGGUAAGCACUGCUCUGUCGACCAGCUGAUCUUCAACAUGGCCCUUGACAAGAAGAACGACGGACCUAAGAAGAAGGUUGUCCUGCUGUCUGCCAUUGGACGCACUCACGAGCCCAAGGCUAGUGUCGUCUCGAACCAAGAUAUUGCUAUUAUUCUAGCUCCUAGCGUUGAGGUUCACCCUGGUGUGCCCAAGACUCUCAACGUGACUUGCACACCCCCAGGAUCAAAGUCUAUCUCUAACCGUGCAUUGGUGCUUGCUGCCCUCGGUUCAGGGACUUGCCGUGUCAAGAACCUCUUACACUCCGAUGAUACUGAGGUCAUGCUGAACGCUCUGGAGCGUCUUGGAGCUGCAACCUUCUCCUGGGAAGAAGAGGGUGAGGUCCUCGUUGUAAAUGGAAAGGGUGGAAACAUUGUUGCCAGCCCAUCAUCUCUGUACCUGGGUAAUGCCGGAACUGCUUCCCGAUUCUUGACCACUGUGGCCACUCUCGCUACACCGAGCACUGUUGACUCAAGCAUUUUGACCGGUAACAACCGAAUGAAGCAAAGACCCAUUGGCGAUCUUGUAGAUGCUCUGACUGUCAACGGCGCUGGCGUUGAGUACAUGGAACGCAAGGGCAGUCUGCCUCUCAAGAUUGCCGCUUCUGGUGGCUUUGCUGGAGGCAACAUCAACUUGGCUGCUAAGGUCUCUUCUCAGUAUGUGUCAUCGCUGCUCAUGUGUGCUCCCUACGCCAAGGAGCCUGUGACCUUGAGACUGGUUGGAGGCAAGCCCAUCUCUCAGCCAUACAUUGACAUGACCACCGCCAUGAUGCGAUCUUUCGGUAUCGAUGUGGUCAAGUCCACCACCGAGGAGCACACCUACCACAUUCCCCAGGGCCACUACGUGAACCCUGCUGAGUACGUCGUUGAGAGCGAUGCUAGCUCCGCCACCUACCCUCUCGCAAUUGCGGCCAUCACCGGCACAAAGUGUACCGUUCCCAACAUUGGCUCUAAGUCGCUCCAGGGUGAUGCUCGUUUCGCUGUUGAUGUUCUCCGGCCUAUGGGCUGCAUUGUUGAGCAAAGCGACAGCUCCACCACUGUCACCGGACCCAGCAGUGGCAUUCUCCGUCCCCUGCCCAACGUGGACAUGGAGCCUAUGACUGAUGCUUUCCUCACUGCCUCUGUUCUUGCAGCUGUCGCCCGAGGUGAGGGCUCCAAUCACACAACUCGCAUCUACGGAAUUGCAAACCAGCGUGUCAAGGAAUGCAACCGUAUUAAGGCCAUGAAGGAUGAAUUGGCUAAGUUUGGUGUUGUCUGCCGUGAACAUGAUGACGGUCUUGAAAUCGAUGGUAUUGAUCGCUCCACUCUUCGUUUGCCCUCCGGCGGCAUCUACUGCUACGAUGAUCACCGUGUCGCUUUCAGUUUCAGCGUUUUGUCCCUUGUUGCUCCUCAAUCCACUCUCAUCCUCGAGAAGGAAUGUGUCGGUAAAACUUGGCCGGCAUGGUGGGACGCUUUGAAGCAGAUCUGGGGUGUGAGCCUUGACGGAAAGGAGUUGAAAGAAGAAGAGUCGGCUGUUACAACUCAAGAAGAAAAAGCCAGUGCAUCUAUCUUCAUCAUCGGCAUGCGUGGCGCUGGAAAGACUACCACCGGCAGCUGGGUUGCCAAGAGUUUGGAUCGGCCCUUCAUCGAUCUUGAUAACGACCUUGAGGCGACUGAGGGUAUGACUAUCCCUGAGAUGAUUAAGCAGCGCGGCUGGGAAGGAUUCCGUGAUGCAGAGCUCGCUACUCUUAAGCGUUGUAUGCAAGAUCGACCAAACGGACAUGUUUUCGCUUGCGGUGGUGGUGUGGUUGAGAUGCCUGAGGCGCGAAAACUUCUUACUGAAUGGCACCAGAGCAAGGGCAAUGUUCUUUUGGUCAUGCGCGAUAUCCAGCUUGUCAUGGAUUUCUUGAACAUCGACAAGACCCGUCCCGCCUACGUGGAGGACAUGAUGGGCGUGUGGCUGCGCCGCAAGCCUUGGUUCCAGCAAUGCAGCAACAUCCAGUACUACAGCCAGCAUUCUGACUCAUCCGAACUUGCUCUGGCAUCGGAAGACUUCAACCGCUUCAUGAAGGUGGUUACCGGUCAAGUCGAUCCACUUGAGGCCAUCAAGAAGAAGGAGCACAGUUUCUUCGUCUCCUUGACACUACCCGAUCUGCGUGAGUGCAGUGAGAUUCUGACUCAAGCUUGCAUUGGAUCUGAUGCUGUGGAGCUGCGGGUUGACCUGCUGAAGGAUCCCAAGGCGGAUGGUGACAUUCCUUCUGUGGACUAUGUCAACGAGCAAAUGUCCUUCCUCCGGAAGCGCGUUUCUCUUCCCCUUAUCUUCACUAUCCGCACCAAGAGCCAAGGCGGUCGCUUCCCCGAUGAUGCUCAUGAUGCUGCUAUGCAACUGUACCGGUUAGCCUUCCGCGCCGGUGCUGAGUUUGUGGAUCUUGAGAUUGCCUUCCCUGAGGAGAUGCUCCGCGCUGUCACCGAGAUGAAGGGUCACUCUAAGAUCAUCGCAUCUCACCACGACCCACUUGGAAAGCUGUCAUGGAGCAACAUGUCUUGGAUCCCAUCCUAUAAUCGCGCUCUCGAGUACGGUGAUGUGAUCAAGCUCGUCGGCGUUGCCAACAGCCUCGAUGAUAAUACUGCUCUGCGCAAGUUCAAGAACUGGGCAGCGCAGGCACACGACAUUCCCUUGAUUGCUAUCAACAUGGGUGACAACGGUCAGCUUAGCCGUAUUUUGAAUGCCUUCAUGACCCCUGUGUCUCACCCGAGCCUGCCCUUCAAGGCGGCACCCGGUCAGCUGUCCGCAACUGAGAUCCGAAGAGGCCUCUCGCUUAUGGGUGAGCUCAAGACCCAGAAGUACGCUAUCUUUGGCUCUCCUGUGACCCAGUCCCGAUCGCCCGCUCUCCACAACACCCUUUUCGCCGAGAUGGGACUGCCUCAUGAGUAUGGACGUAUCGAGACCACCAAUGUGGAAGAUGUCAAGGACUUCAUUCACGCCCCCGACUUUGGCGGCGCCUCCGUGACCAUCCCUCUCAAGCUCGACAUCAUGCCUCUUCUGGAUGAGGUCGCCCAGGAGGCCGAGAUUAUCGGUGCCGUCAACACCAUUGUUCCCGUGGACAACGCCGGCCAGCGCAAGCUCGUCGGUUACAACACCGACUGGCAGGGCAUGAUUCAAUCCCUGCGCAAUGAGGGUAUCUACGGUUCAACAGGCAGUGACAGCGCCAUGGUCAUUGGCGGCGGUGGUACUGCCCGCGCUGCCAUCUUUGCCCUUCACCACAUGGGUUACUCCCCGAUCUACGUUGUCGGACGCACUGCCAGCAAGCUUGAGGGUAUGGUUUCGACUUUCCCUACCAGCUACAACAUUCGCGUUGUGGACAACCACGCUCAGCUGGAUACCGUUCCCCGGGUCGCUGUCGGCACUAUCCCUGCUGACCGUCCCAUUGAUCCCGCCAUGGCUGAGACCCUCACCCACAUGUUCGAGCGUGCCAAGACUGAAGGUAAAUCCGAGGGGUCUCCUCGCGUACUCCUCGAGAUGGCCUACAAGCCUUCCGUGACAGCGUUGAUGGACCUGGCUGCCGCUGCGGGCUGGAAGACCAUUCCCGGUCUGGAGGUCCUUGUUGGUCAAGGCGUGCAUCAGUUUGAGCACUGGACUGGUAUCACACCCCUGUACAACGUCGCUAGAGAUGCGGUCAUGGGUGUCAAAUCGAUUGAAUAA